AGGAUCUCUCCUUCUCCUCUCUCUCUUAUCCUUUUAAAUCGGGUAUCUCCCCCGAUUGAUCCUUAUCUCUUCAACCUCCCUUUCUUGGACUUCCAAGAUCCCCUCAUGACCAUGUCGUGGAAACUCACCAAAAAAUUAAAGGAAACCCACCUUGCUCCUUUAACCCAGACCUUUGCGCGGUCCUCCUCGACUUCCACGAUCAAGGGCGACGCCGCUGAAGAGGCUCCGACGCCGGUGGCUACCCAGUCCCCAAGCAGCGUGUCCCCCAACAAUGGAAUCACUGCCUCGGAAUCCCUGGUCUCCCCGCCCGUCGCUCCGGUGAAACCCGGUAUCCUCAUCGUCACCCUCCACGAAGGCCGAAAUUUCGCUCUUUCCCCGCACUUCCAGCAGAUCUUUGCCUCGCAUUUCCAGAACAACAAUGCGUAUCCCGUGCGCCCCAGUUCCUCUUCCUCCCACUCGGCGCAUGGCCAGGCUGCCUCUUUCGUACAAAGCGCUCGUCCUCAGUCCACCAGCAGCGGGAUCAACAACGCCCCCACCAUCCAUGGUCGUUACUCCACCAAGUACCUUCCUUAUGCCCUCUUGGAUUUCGAAAAGAAUCAGGUGUUUGUCGAUGCCGUGUCGGGAACCCCGGAAAACCCGCUCUGGGCCGGUGACAACACCGCCUUCAAAUUCGAUGUGUCGCGCAAGACGGAGUUGAACGUCCAACUGUACCUGCGGAACCCCGCCGCGCGCCCAGGUGCCGGUCGGAGCGAGGACAUCUUCCUAGGUGCCGUCAAGAUCCACCCGCGCUUCGAGGAGGCGGCCCCGCCGUAUGUGGAGGAUCCGAAGCUCAGCAAGAAGGACAACCAGAAGGCGGCCGCGGCCCACGCGAGCCAGGAGCGCAACUCAGGCCAGGGCCAACACGGCAAUGACUGGAUAGACCUCCAGUUUGGCACCGGUACCAUCAAGGUCGGCGUAUCCUUUGUCGAGAACAAACAGCACAGCUUGAAGUUGGAGGACUUCGACCUCCUCAAGGUCGUCGGGAAGGGUAGCUUCGGCAAGGUCAUGCAGGUCAUGAAGAAGGAUACGGGCCGGAUCUAUGCUCUCAAGACGAUCCGUAAAGCGCACAUCAUCUCGCGGUCCGAAGUCACGCACACCCUCGCCGAGAGGUCGGUCUUGGCCCAGAUCAACAACCCGUUCAUCGUCCCUUUGAAGUUUUCUUUCCAGUCCCCCGAGAAGUUGUACUUCGUGCUCGCCUUUGUGAACGGGGGCGAGUUGUUCCACCACCUGCAACGGGAACAGCGUUUCGAUAUCAACCGCGCCCGAUUCUACACCGCGGAACUGUUGUGCGCGCUCGAGUGUCUGCACGGGUUCAAGGUCAUCUACCGAGACUUGAAGCCCGAAAACAUUCUCCUCGAUUACACCGGGCAUAUCGCGCUCUGUGAUUUUGGUCUGUGCAAGUUGGAUAUGAAGGACGAGGACCGAACAAACACAUUCUGUGGCACACCCGAAUAUCUUGCCCCCGAGCUGUUGCUGGGUAACGGAUACACGAAGGCGGUCGAUUGGUGGACGCUGGGUGUCCUUCUUUACGAAAUGUUGACUGGUCUCCCUCCGUUCUACGAUGAAAACACCAACGACAUGUACCGGAAGAUCCUCCAGGAACCGUUGACGUUCCCCAGCAGCGACGUGGUGCCUCCCGCCGCUCGGGAUCUCCUGUCCCGAUUGCUGGAUCGGGAUCCGGAAAGGCGCCUGGGUGCCAACGGUGCCGCAGAGAUCAAAUCUCACCAUUUCUUCGCCAAUAUCGAUUGGCGUAAGCUGCUUCAGCGGAAGUACGAGCCCAGCUUCCGCCCCAACGUGGUCGAUGCCCGCGAUACCGCCAACUUCGACCGCGAGUUUACCCAGGAGGCACCGCAAGAUUCGUAUGUGGACGGUCCGGUUCUGUCUCAGACGAUGCAGCAACAAUUUGAAGGCUGGUCCUACAAUCGGCCGGUCGCCGGUCUCGGGGACGCGGGUGGCAGUGUGAAGGACCCCUCGUUUGGUAGCAUUCCCGAGUAGAUGGACUUAACCCGGUUAGAAACGAUGGCCUGUUUAAGUUCGUUUCUUGGGAAGCGGGAAUCGGCUCGAGGUCCAUAGAGAGAUUGUUUGAC